UAAUUUUCAUUUCGAACGAUCGAUGGUUAAAAGGCGCUACCCGAACACAAUGUCGAAUCAGUUUGACGCUGAAGUUACCCUUGUAGGGACGUAUGUAUUUUGUGGCUUCCCGCUGCGAUGCAGAGACUGCCCGAGAUAGUUAGGCAACAGCCGUGCGCCCUAGUGAGAUGGCUAGUGCACCUGCUCAAGGUCUGGUUAUUAAGGAUAUUUCACAUCGACUUUGAGGACGGCAGCAACAACAUAAAGGAAACAGGUGAAACGAAAUAUGUGGACAUACCCAGAGUUAAGGAGUUGCCCUUAGUGGGCACACUUUUGGAUUUAAUAGCCGCUGGUGGAGCUCCACAUCUACAUAAGUAUAUCGAUGCCCGACAUCGUCAAUAUGGUCCGAUCUUUCGUGAACGUUUGGGCGGAGGCUCUCAGUAUGCUGUAUUUGUCGCUUCAGCAAAUCUCAUGCGUAGUGUCUUUCUUCACGAGGGUCAAUAUCCACAGCAUCCGCUGCCCGAUGCUUGGACAUUAUACAAUCAGCUUCAUGAUUGUCAACGUGGAUUGUUCUUUAUGGAGGGCGUUGAAUGGCUGCACAAUAGGCGUAUACUCAAUCGUCUGCUGCUCAACGGCAAUUUGAAUUGGAUGGAUGUGCAUAUUGAGAGCUGUACGCAUCAAUUGGUGGAAAAGUGGAGAGCCAAGACCCAGUCCAACGUCAGCUAUGAAUUGCCGCAGCUGGAGCAACAAUUAUAUCGCUGGUCCAUUGAAGUCCUCUGCUGCAUCAUGUUCGGCACUAAUGUUCUUCGUUGUCCCAAAAUUCAAUCAAUCUUGGACGAGUUCACUCAAAUCGUACACAAAGUCUUCGAGCAUAGCUCCAGACUGAUGACAUUUCCACCUCGAUUGGCCCAGAUACUUCGAUUGAGAAUCUGGCGAGACUUUGAGAGAAAUGUGGACGAGGUUCUACGACAAGCGUCCUUUAUAAUUGAGCUCUGUAUGCGGGAUCAGGAUGACCAGGAGGAGACGCUUUUCCACAAGCUGCAGUCCGCUGAUGUUCCGGGCGAGAUGAUCAAACGUAUAUUUGUAGAUCUGGUGAUAGCAGCAGGUGACACGACCGCCUUUAGCAGCCAAUGGGCCUUGUACGUCUUAUCCACGGAGCCGGAGUUGCAGAAGCGUCUAGCUCAGGAACAGUUGGCCAGUGAAUCCCAGCUAUUGCAUGGCCUUAUCAAAGAGUCACUGCGUCUUUAUCCUGUAGCUCCCUUUAUAGGACGGUAUUUGCCGCAGGAUUCGCAAUUGGGCUGCUAUUUCAUAGAAAAAGAUACUAUGGUGCUGCUCUCUUUAUAUACCGCCGGGCGCGAUGCAUCACAUUUUGAGCAGCCGCAGCGAAUUCUACCCGAACGAUGGUUCCUAGGUAAGUCGGAGCAAGUGCAUCAGGCUCAUGCCAGUUUGCCUUUUGCAAUUGGUCAACGUUCCUGCAUAGGGCGUCGGGUGGCCCUCAAACAGUUGCACUCGUUGCUCGGGAAAUGUGCAAAUCAAUUUCAGAUGCACUGCCUCAACGAACAACCCGUGGACUGUAUACUGCGCAUGGUCACCGUGCCCGAUCAGCAACUGCGCUUAUCUGUACAGCCGCGAUUAAGCUAAUACACCUAACAAUAGACUUUGGCUUAGACGUAUUUGUAGUUCUUUUUUUAGUUUUAU